CCGAUCCAUCAACCAUCAAAACCAACUUGAGGACGUCCAACGCGCCGCAUCACGAUUCCUACCACGAACAACCUACCAAACUUACCACAACUUAUUGACGACGACACGAACCCCCCCAUACCCAAGAUGGCCGACUUCGGCGACUACCCGCCCAACCUAACCGUCAAAGACGCCCUCAUCAUCCGCGAGUCCCAAGGCCCCGACCACGCCGUCGUCCCCUACACCGGCAGCGACCUGUUGCGCGCACAGCUCGGGCCCGCCAACCCCUUCCGCGCCACCACCUCCUCCGCUGUCGCGCUAGCUUCCGCCUCCGCCUCGGGCUCGGGCUCCGGUCCCCAAAAGAAGCGCAAGAAUGUCCUCACCGGCCACGCCGAGGAGACCUUCAUCUCGGAGCACACCUUCCGCGCCAAGCACCGCGCCGUCGAGCGCGCUGGUGCUGGUGGACCCCAGCGGGAGGGCAUGUCCAACCGGGAGCAGAAGGAGCUGCACAAGAGGUUGAGGAUGGGCCGCGAGGGGAAGGGGGAUGCCACGGUUGCGGAUGGGGAUGGUGCCUAUGUUGGGCCGUGGGCGCGGUAUACAAGGGAGAGGUAUGAGACGGUGGAGGUUGGGGAGGGGGAGGAGGAGGAGGAGGAGUUGGGGAGUGGUGAGGAGUAUGAGGUUGUGGAGGAAGAUGAAGAGGAUGAGAUUGUGCCGAGUGGGACGCUGGUGCAAGCGCCGGCGCCGUCGCUGGCGAGGAGGAGGGAGGCGGAGGAGUUGGGCGAGGAGACGACGGCUUUUCUGGGGGAGAGCGAGCAUGAUUAUUUGGGGCGCACGUAUAUGCAUGUGCCGCAGGACUUGGACUUUUCGUUGACGAAGGAGGUGGGGAGUGUGGCCAACUUUAUUCCGAAGAAGUUGGUGUAUACGUGGAAGCCGCAUGGGAAGCCGGUUACUGCGAUGCAGCUGUUCCCGAGGUCGAGUCACUUGGGGUUGUCGGGUGGGGCGGAUGGGAUGAUCAAGAUCUGGGACGUGUACCGGAAGAGGGAGGUGCUGCGGUCGUUUGCGGGGCAUAACAAAGCUGUGACGGACUUGUCGUUCAAUAACGACGGGACAAAGUUCCUGUCCGGCGGGUUCGACAGGAGGAUUCGGCUGUGGGAUACCGAGACGGGGCAAUGCAUCAACCGCUUCAACUGCGGCAAGACACCGCAUGUCAUCAAGUUCAACCCCUCGGCCGAAAACGGGCACGAGUUCCUGGCGGGUCUGUCGGACAACAGGAUCUUGCAGUACGACAGUCGCACAGGCAACGAGACAAUUCAGGACUACGACCACCACCUGGGCGCUAUCAACACCAUCGAGUUCAUCGACGAAAACCGCCGUUUCAUGUCGACGUCCGACGACCGUUCGCUCAGGGUAUGGGAAUACGGCAUUCCGGUCGAGAUCAAAACUAUCAGCGAACCCGACAUGUUCGCCCUCACAAAGUCCGCGCAGCACCCCAGCGGCAAGUACGUGCUCUACCAGUGCAGCGACAACUCGAUCGUUGCCUACUCGAUCGGCUCCGAAAAGUUCCGGCAGCACCGCAAAAAGGCAUGGCGCGGCCACAAUACCGCCGGCAGCGCCAUCGGGCUCACCUGCAGCCCCGACGGGCAAUUCGUCGCCUCCGGCGAUACAGGGGGCAGCGUCUGCUUCUGGGACUUCAAGACGUGCAAGAUGUACGGAAAGAUCACGGUCGAUGGCUCAGGCGGGUCGGUCAACUGUGUCGCGUGGUCGGAGCAGGAGACUAGCAAGGUGUUUACCGCAGGGGCGAAGGGAGAGAUUAAAUUGUGGGAUUAA